GCGGGCGGGCCGCGGGAGCCCGGCGAGCGGUGCCGGGAGUGCGGUCUCCAUGGCAGUGCUGGGCGCAGCCGGAGUUUGUGCAGGAGGCUGAGCCUCGCCCCCACACCCCUUGGGGCAUCCAGAAGAUCCCCGACUGGUCAAGAACCAGAGGAAGAAGAGAUCUGCAAGUCUGGGCAUGGGGGCCAGAGCUCCCCAGCCAACCGCAUAGUUGGCAAAGCAGCCAGCUUGCCUCCCCGGUCAACUACAGGGAGGGUCCCGCUCAGUAUGGAGGUUGAGGACCACCUCUGCUGAGCCCCAGUCUCUUCCCCUGCCCUCCAAGCCUGACCUUAGCUGGGUCAGUUAUGCAAUGCUGAGCAUUAGGGUGGGCCGAGGGGCUGCCUGCCUCACUACAGGGCAAGGACUGUGGGCAUCAUGGCGGUGUGUGUGAGUGGGGCUCCUGGGUGAGACCUCGCCCCCACCCCCAGGAGUUCAAAGGGGGUGGGGGGCUGAGAACAGGAUGGCUCGGGCCGGGGCCGGGGCAGAAGAAGCCUCCCUGCGCUCAAACGCGCUGUCCUGGCUGGCCUGUGGGCUCCUGGCUCUGCUGGCCAACGCCUGGAUAAUCCUCAGCAUCUCUGCCAAGCAGCAGAAGCACAAGCCACUGGAGUUGCUGCUCUGCUUCCUGGCGGGCACACACAUACUCAUGGCGGCCGUGCCCCUCACCACCUUCGCUGUGGUGCAGCUUCGGCGCCAGGCUUCCUCUGACUAUGACUGGAAUGAGAGCAUCUGCAAGGUCUUUGUGUCCACCUACUACACACUGGCCCUGGCCACCUGCUUCACAGUUGCCUCACUCUCCUACCAUCGCAUGUGGAUGGUGCGUUGGCCUGUCAACUACCGCCUCAGCAAUGCCAAGAAGCAGGCGCUGCAUGCUGUCAUGGGCAUCUGGAUGGUCAGCUUCAUCCUCUCCACACUGCCCUCCAUUGGCUGGCACAACAACGGUGAGCGCUACUACGCCCGAGGCUGCCAGUUCAUAGUCUCCAAGAUUGGCCUCGGCUUUGGCGUCUGCUUCAGCCUCUUGCUACUUGGGGGCAUUGUCAUGGGGUUGGUCUGUGUGGCCAUUACCUUCUACCAGACGCUGUGGGCCAGGCCCCGGAGGGCAAGGCAGGCCCGGAGAGCAGGGGUUGUUGGUGGGGCCAAGGGGAGUGGGCCAGGGGGCUUGGGUACACGGCCAGCCUUUGAGGUGCCAGCCAUUGUGGUGGAAGAUGCCCAAGGGAAGCGGCGGUCCUCGCUGGAUGGCUCCGAAUCGGCCAAGACAUCCCUGCAGGUCACCAACUUGGUCAGCGCCAUCGUCUUUCUCUAUGACUCACUCACAGGGGUGCCCAUCCUGGUGGUGAGCUUCUUCUCGCUGAAGUCGGACUCGGCUCCCCCGUGGAUGGUGCUGGCCGUGCUGUGGUGCUCCAUGGCACAGACGCUGCUGCUGCCCUCCUUCAUCUGGUCCUGCGAGCGCUACCGCGCGGACGUGCGCACGGUGUGGGAGCAGUGCGUGGCUAUCAUGUCCGAGGAGGAUGGCGAAGACGAUGGGGGCUGUGAUGACUACGCAGAUGGCCGAGUGUGCAAAGUUCGAUUUGAUGCUAAUGGGGCCACAGGACCAGGGGACCCCACCCAGGUGAAGUUGCUGCCUGGGAGGCACAUGCUCUUUCCCCCUCUUGAGAGGGUCCACUACUUACAGGUCCCUCUGUCCCGCCGUCUGUCCCACGACGAGACCAAUAUCUUCUCUACUCCUCGGGCACCAGGGUCCUUCCUGCACAAGUGGUCAUCCUCUGAUGACAUCCGGAUCCUCCCAGCGCACAGCCAGGCUCUGGGAGGCCCUCCUGCGUACCUGGGACACAGACAAAGGCUAGGGGAUGAGGAGGAGGAGGAGGAGGCUGAAGGUGGAGGGCUAGCCAGCCUUCGACAAUUCCUGGAGGGUGGCAUUCUGGGGUCAGGCGGGGGACACCCACAGGGGCCUGGCUUCUUCCGGGAGGAGAUCACCACCUUCAUUGACGAGACACCUCUGCCUUCUCCAACUGCCUCUCCGCCCUGGCCUAGGCCACUGGGCCUCUCACCCCGCAGACUCUCCCUUGGGUCCCCUGAUAAUAGAGCCAUUGGACUUCCCUUGGGGCUGAGUGCAGGGAGACGCUGCUCCCUGACAGGAGGUGAGGAGAGCGCAAGAGCUUGGGGAGGCUCCUGGGGUCCAGGUAACCCCAUCUUCCCCCAGCUGACCCUGUGAGCCCCAGUGGGCCUGUUGGACUCAGAGGAGGGGGCCUGGGUAGGUAACACCUCCUUCUGGCCCUGAGCCUAAGGCAGCUGUCUCCAGACUCUAGGGAGAUGGGCACUGGAUCUGGGGUCCUGGGUCACCUGCUGUCUCCCAUCCAAGUAACCAGAUGCCCUACUCACCUUCUAUCACCCCUAGUAAAAUGUAUUAAAGUCUGAAGUGUUACCAUGGAAA